CUCUACUAACACCCAACCUCACAUGCUCACAUUCGUCGCGUGGGCUUUAAAUACAUCAAUCAGCAUCAGUCUGGCUAAUUCUGCCAUCGAAUUGCUACUUUGUUCGUCAUAUCGUUGAAAUGGCUUCUCAUGAUGCGAAUGUCGAUGAUGAAGACCUCACUAUCCAUGCCUGCUGCGCGCCUAUUACCAACCUAGCUCGACCCAUUGAUUUCAGUGAGCUUGACGAGGAGGAAAACAGACCUUUCUUUCACUGGCCAAUCUUUGGACCAUUGAUAGUAGAGAACGAGAGCAGCGAUGCGCGAGAUCACUGCGCCAAUGAGAGAACGUUCCUCUCAUACCUUCGGUUAUCGAUAUACAUGGCCAUCGUCUCGGUAGCCAUCACACUUUCGUUCCACUUAAAGAACGAAGCCACACCGUUAGAGCUGAGAAUGGCAAAGCCUCUCGGGACGAUAUUCUGGGGACUUUCAGUCUUGACUCUGUUUGCUGGAAUGGGUAACUAUAUAACAACGGUCAACAAGUACAGCAAACGGGCGGCUAUUGUACAGAUUGGCUGGAAGACUCAUGCAGUUUUCAGUCUCACAGCAGUCUCAAUCAUAGGCACCUGUCUCAUCCUGCUCGUCAUUGCCAAGAUUCGACAACAAUCAUCGUCCAAUUCUUGACAUAUGUACCCAAAAGAGUCCUUGAAAUUGCAUCAAUACAUGUUCGCUACUCAAUAGCGCCUGAGCUUCCGGUACCAA